AUGUCAAACCUCUCGACGGUUGAGUCUUUCGUCGACGGCGCGCCCCCGGGCGAGCUCGCAGAUGUCAUCGCAGAUAUCAAGUCUCUGACCGUGUCCGACCCCGGCCUGGUGUCGAAGCUCGGUCCCGCGUUCGAGAAGUACAACGAGGAGCAAUUCGCGACGGUCAAGCUGCCCGGAAGCAGCCAGCAGGUCAUUAUCAGCUCGCAUUCUUCGCUCGGAGACGGACGGUACUACGAUGUCGAGAGCUCCAGCAGCUUCAGCUUUGAUCACGCCACACAAAAGGCUAGCGGUGCGCAGAGCCACGUCUUGGAAGGCAGCCAGACCGACUUGGUAAAGUCCAUAUUAAAGAGUAUCUCGACAUAUGUCUCAGAACAUUACCCCAACGCGGCAUACGGCGCCUACCCGAUCGAAAACGACUCCAAAGUGGCCAUCAUUAUAGUGUCGAACAAGUAUAGCCCAAACAACUUCUGGAAUGGUCGCUGGCGAUCUCUCUAUAUCUUCGAUCCCUCGUCGGGCACCUUGGAGGGUAGCAUCAAGGUGGAUGUUCACUACUAUGAGGACGGCAAUGUGCGACUCUUGACGAACAAGUCAAGCACUGCUUCAAUCUCCUCUGGCACCGGUGCCGGUAUUGCAAAGGAGAUUAGCGCCAACGAGAAGAAGUAUCAGGAGGAGCUGAACAGAGGUUUCACAAGUCUGAGCGAGGGCGCCUUCAAGUCUCUCAGGAGACAAUUGCCCGUAACGCGACAGAAGAUUGAGUGGGACAAGGUAGCCAGCUACCGUGUCGGUCAGGAUAUUGGCGGAGGUAGCUCCAGAAGAUAG